GAGAUUUUUUGCAGAGCUCGACACUAUUGGAUGCCCGUGCGUGUUUUCCCUCCCGUUCACAGUGCCGCACCCUGAACCUCCUACAUCCACACAUCCUCACCCUGCACGAUACAGACAGACAGGUUCAGUCUUUCUUGGAGCGCAGGAAGGAUAACGGAACCUUUCCGGACAGCUUUGGAGCCAGAGAUGGGAGAGGAUCCGCGGCUAUGACCCGGACACACAGGGCGGGAAGGAUGGCUCUCACCAGCCGGGAGAUGUUGAGCUUGAUCGGAGGCGCCUGCCUCUGGCUGCCGCUGUUUGCGGAGAUGGUGGCUCAGGACAGCUACCUUAACGAGGUGCAGAACUCAGUGCCUCUUUCCUGCUCAGAGGGAUUCACUGAGUUGGGAUACUACAACGGCACCGUGUCCCAGACAGACUCUGGCGCCCCCUGUUUGAAAUGGACAGAAUUUCCGGACUACGUUAUGCAAUACCCGGGCCGCGGGCUGGGCGACCACAGCUACUGCAGGAACCCGGACCGCGAGUCCAACCCCUGGUGCUUCUUUAGGCAAAACUCAGGAGCUAUCGGCUGGGCUUACUGCGACUGCCACCAAGGAGCAGUUCGUCUGGUUGGCAGCUCAUCCUCUGACAGUGGGCGGGUUGAGGUUUACCUGAAUGGCCAGUGGGGGGCGGUGUGCAACUCCCACUGGACGGACAGAGAUGCAAGCGUGAUCUGCCGGCAGCUCGGUCUGAGGGACAUCGGUACUGCGCUGCAGCUCUCCCAGUUUGGCUCAGGCUCCGGCCUCUUCCAUUAUGAACGUCUUGGCUGCCGUGGAGAUGAGGACGCUCUGAGCAAGUGUCGAAGCAGGACGUUUGUCACCGGUGACUGCAGCCAUGGAAAUGAGGCGGCUGUGGUGUGUGCGCUACCUGAAGGUAGUGGUCCCCCGCUGCGUCUGGUGGGAAGCGAGGAAGACUUCGAAGGUCGCGUGGAGGUGUUUCACGCCGGCCGGUGGGGCUCCAUCUGCGACGACCAGUGGGACGACAGAGAUGCUGAGGUGGUGUGCAGACAGCUGGGUUUCGGGGGUGUAGCGAAGGCCUGGUCGUGGGCUCACUUCGGGCAGGGUUCAGGUCCCAUCCUGCUUGACGCUGUGAAGUGCACAGGAAAUGAACUGUUCCUGGAUCAGUGCCCCCAUGGGGACUGGGAGCAGCACAACUGCGACCACAUGGAGGACGCUGGGGUCUCCUGCAGCCCUUAUACAGAUGGCGUGGUGCGUCUGGUCGGAGGCGACACCCCCUGGGAGGGUCGGGUGGAAGUGUUUCACAACGGCGACUGGGGGACGGUGUGCGACGACCACUGGAGGCAGCCGCAUGCAGAGGUGGUCUGCAGACAGCUGGGAUACCGGGGUCACGCUGAGGUCGUAGUGGACGGGAUGUUCGGGGAGGGCGUCGGUCUCAUCCUCCUGGACGACGUCCACUGCGAGGGAUCCGAGACGUCCCUGCUGGACUGUCGGCACGGGAUCUGGGGUCGGACCGACUGCUCCCACAGCGAGGAUGUCGGCGUCCGCUGCCGAGGAAGAUCCAGCCAGGAGACCAACGAAGUGCCGGUUAUCGCACCUUCAACAGGACCCCUGGUGCGUCUGGUGGGCGGCAGCAGCAGGAAGGAAGGUCGAGUCGAGGUGUAUCUCCAUGGAGACUGGGGGAGUAUCUGUGACUCAGGAUGGAACGACCUCAACGCCGCCGUGGUGUGCAGACAACUUGGACACAGCGGUGGAGCGGUAGCAGCCGGAGGGUUCGGUCAGGGCAAAGGGCCCGUCCACCUGGACCAGGUGAGGUGCACUGGGAAGGAGGAGUUCCUGGGAGAGUGCCCUUCGCUCGGCCUGGGCGUCCAGGGCUGCAGGCGCAGGCAGGACGCAGGGGUGAAGUGUGACGUUUCCCCGAGGGUGCCGGCUGUGAGGACCAAAACUCGGGAGGACAGCUGUGGCCUGAGGAAGCUGGUGGAGGACGAGGUGAAGCCAGGAAGUGAAAAAGAGGGGAACAUGCUCAGGACAACGUGGCCCUGGCAGGUGUCAGUGUGGCUUCAGUCUGAAGAAGGAGCCGGCGGCCCUCUCUGCAGCGGGACUCUGAUCAGCCCCUGCUGGGCGCUGACGUCUGCUUCCUGCCUCAGCAGGUUCGGCACCGACCCGUCCCGCUACGUGGUCCAGGUCGGGGCGUCGGAGCAGGCUCUCAAACCGGAGCAGGUCGUGGUCCACAGGAAGUUUAAGGGUCAGAGCGGAGGCCACGACCUAGCCAUGCUGAAGCUGCCCAGCGCCAAGGGCCACUGUGUGACGUUUGAAGCCAACACGAACGCCGCCUGCCUUCCUGCUGCUGACUCUGCGGCCGCGGCAAAGACUCCAUCAUCAUCAUGUGUCGUGAUGGUCACCACAAGCUGGACUGGAGCCGACUCCGUCGUGGCUUCCUGGGUCCCCCUGAUGUCGUCGUGGCGGUGCAAGAAGCGCUUCGGCAACAGCUUCUCCAGUCACGGCACGUUGUGCGCCGGCAGUCCCCCGGACACCAGCCUCCUUCACGGCGAUGGCUGCCAGGGCAGCUCCGGAGGCGGGCUGCUGUGCCAGGAGGAGUCAGGCCGAUGGGUCGUCGCCGGGGUCGUCGCCGGGGGCUACGGCUGCUCCGACCCGGCCUCCCCGGCGCUGUACACCCGGGUGAGCCGCUUCAGGAGCUGGAUCGACGAGGUCGUCGCCGCGCAAGGGCGUCCGGAGGAGGCGCGUGCCACUCAAGGCGCUCCCACGCGCGCCGACCAUGACAUUUCGCACUCAGACGACGACGAUGGUGAUGAUGAUGAAGAACACCAAGAGCUCAAACGUGCACACGCUCAUCAGCAGCCCAGAUUCAAGAGCGCGCACACGUUUCACACAGAGGACGCAGACAAAAACAAACAGAUUGAGGUCUAAUUGAGGCCGUGCCAUUGGCUGCCACCUGUGCCAUGUGACCACCUGGGGGGGGGGGGGGGGGGGGGGUGACGUAGUUUAAAGUUUCCUUAUUGAAGCAUUUCGACAGACAGACGUGAGAUUUGCAAAGGCAGACAUUGAUGUGAUGUUUGGGAUGAUCCAGAUUUAAAUAGCAUGAUAAUUAUCAGGGCCAAAUCAGAUGUAAUUACAGGACAAAAAGUACCUAAGGGACGCGGUCACACAUUAAUCUAUGCUAAUCUAACUUUACAAUUAAAAUAGUUGUCCUCUGUGUGAGUUAUUAGGAACAUAGUGAAAUUCUAACAAGCGACAUCUAACAGUAGGUCUGUCUCUGUAAAAAAAACCUCCACACCUCUGAGCUGAAUCAUGUAGAUAAACUGCUGCAGCGUUCUUGAUUAGCUUUUAUAUGAAACCGUGUGUUUACUUUUCGAACAGGGCUCAUCUCUUCAGGGUGUCGUCUUAAAAAGUGAAAGUGCUGUAGGUGAUUUUAGCUGCUUAACUCAGGACCAUACCGCUGCUUUAGCAGGAGCUGCUGUAUUCUUCACCUCUGAUCUGCGUCGUAUUCUAACUCACUGUUCACUCUCUGCUGAAACCUUCAGUGAGGAUUUGCUGCAGCAACCUUUAGUAUGAAGUUACGGACAAUUUAACUUUCUGUGUAGUUCAUCCGCCACAGGUGGAGCUGCAGCACCAACAGCACCUCCCACUUAAGCUGCUACAUGCAGAAAGGUUGCUAAGCAGGCAGGAAAACGCUUCCUGGUUUCCUUUUGCAGCUCUGGAUAAA